ACUAGGCUAUGUCUGAUGUUGGCUGCGCUGGAUGUAAUAAGAUGGUCGAUAGUGUAGGUUGUAGAAUAAGUCGUCUCAAGAUUAAACUGUUUCUAUCGAUAAUUACUGUUAUGUAAAGGAGUAGACUCAGUAUGGUUAGAGUGAUCAAUUCAAGGAUUCGGAUGGCGAAGCAACAAGUGCAUAAUACAUAAAUUUGGCGAGGAAACCUCUCGAAAAAGUCAUUUUGAAGAAGUGUGGACGCGGGUAGAUAUCAACGUUUCGGAGGAACGCAUCGCUUCCGUCUUCAGGUGUCGUGACGGUGUCAUAACCAGAAAGACCAAUAUCAGCUUCUCGUCAUCAGGACAUAUGAUCUCAUUUUAACUUGUUGUUUCUUAUUGAUGUAGCAGCAUUUUACAGAGUACUUCAUAUUAAUAGCAUAACACGGACAGAAUGAAAGUGGAACCUAACAUGGAACAUGAGGCAAACCCAGCACCAUUACUUGAUGAAAUUCAGGUGAUUGAUGAUGAUGAAGCAGGCGAUCCUGUAUCAAUAACAUCGUCCAUAAUGAAGGCUGAACUUUGGCACAACUUAGAAGCGGUGAAAGUGGAACAGGGCACUGAUUGUGGUAUCUACCCAGCGCCUUCAUUUGAAGAUCAGUUGAUUGAGAUUAAAGAAAUAGGUGGUCCUAUACCAAUAGCAUUCCCUGCAAUAAAGACUGAAAUUCAACAGGAAGAGUUGUGGGAUUUUACUGCCGUGAAAGACGAAGCAAAAGAGGAGAAAUAUGAAGAGUGUGUGUACAGUUUGGAUGAGUUUGGCGACCCACAAGAAGAAUUUAUUAAUAGUGUCAAGCCUGAAUUGAACACAGAUGGUCAAAAGGUGUCCGUUGACAGUUUUGAUAGUUGUAGUACCAGCUCACACGCCAUUUCUGCUGGACAGGGACCACACAAAUGGAAGAUGAGAAGUCGUCAUGCUCGCCCAGGAGAAAAUCCAUCAAAAAGUGACACGCACAACAGAUUUUUGUCUGUGAAAGCAAGUUCUGCAGUGGAAUGUAGUGAUCACAGAGAAAAUAAGCCAUAUAAUUGUGAAUUUUGUAUGAAAUCUUUUUCUAGUAAGCAUAGACUUGUACGACACUGUAGUAUUCACACAGAGAGGAAAGUGUUCAAAUGUAAUAUUUGCAGUCAACGUUUCUUUGAAAAAGAGACGCUUGCAAUUCAUGUUCUUGUCCAUUCAGGAACAUUAUCUUACUCACAUUGGAGGAAGGCGAUUGAAAUGUGAUUCAUGCGGUAUCACGUUAUUCCAAUAUUGGGUCCAGUGGCGAAGACGGUCACCCAGUGUAAAAGAUAUUUUGUUUGUCUUGGCUGUUAUCGGCUGCGUGUCGCAGCAUGCACUCGGUCCACCUGGCUGUGCAUUGUGUUGGCAUACCAUUACACCACAGAAUUAAGUCUUGACGGCGCAUAUGAUACGCGUCUUUAAAUCCCCUAUUCCUGUACGAUAAUGGUUUAAUUGAAGCUAUCAAGUCAUGAGGUUGUACUUUCACUACUGUGAAACUCCGGUAACUUUCAUUAUUACCUUACGCAUUUGCCAUUGGACCUCAUCCUGAGCCAGUUGAAUCCACUUUUCAUGUUCACACACUGAUUCUGUGCUUAAUUUUUAUGUUAUCCCUCCAUCUGUGCCUAAGUCUACCAGGUGGUCUCUAGUCUGUUGACCCAAUUGCUCUUCUUAUUUGUGACUCACAUCGAACAAUACCAAGUUCAGUCUGACAUCAAUAUAAUACAAACUAAAUAUAUUAAACUUACUGCGGUGUCAUACGUCAAAAAAUUGACCUGAGAAGGUUUGAAGGUGGAAGAUGUUUUAUUCUGAUGGUUAGAACUGCCUCAAUUUGCCUCCGCAUAGAGCGAUAUGAAUCUGCUGUCGUUUCAAAAAAAUUAAUUUGCAUGAGAAUUGAGCAGUAGUACAGAUAUCGAACGUGUUCUGGAUAUGGGGUGUAGUAAACUUGGGAUUUGCAAAAUCCUGUUAUUAUGAUGAAUGACUUUUUUUUCCUUGUGUUUCCACUUUAAAAAUUCUUGAACUUUAAAAAUGUGUGCACGUGAUUGUGCAUAUGUGUAUGGAGGGAGUGACAGAGAAAAGUAUGGAAUUUUGUGUAGUUACGGAUACUGUCAAAAUUGUUGUAGUGAGUUCACUGACGCAGAGUAACAAAUCCGGCUCUCUGGUCGUAGAACCCGAUUUUCUGUUUGAAAUUUAUACACGUGUUGUAAUAAUCAAUAUUAUUUAUUUUUGAGGUUUUCAAAUUCGGUUGUUGAUUUACUCGGUUGUUGAUUUACUCGGUAGAUUUUCUAGAGGAAAGAUUAAAUCAUGAUUGCUUCACCUUGCUAUGUGGGAACUUGAGAUUCUCUGAUUAUGACUUAUGGUACCUUGUUAAAUAAAUUGAAACAUAUUCAGAAAACCUCAAAUUACAUAUUCAGAGGAGUUUAUAUAUACACACACACUUAUGAUGAAAGUAUGUGAGAUUAAUUUUUUAAUGCUUAUUACUUUGCUAUAUACAUUUUGUUUAUUGCACUACUAAGAUCGUUGUAAGCUCUAUAAACCUUAUUUUAAUUACCCCAUUUUUCCAAAGUGCAAUAAUUUAACUUAUCAUAUUUAGAAAGUUAUUAUUUUAUUUUACUAACUCCACUUUAUAAUUAUAAAUAUAUUGAUCACAAUAAAUAUUUUAGGCGUUAUAUUUAC